GAGUGGCGGAAGCGUGACCGGCGCGCGCGGGCUGCAAAAGGAGAGAUCAGAUUGCACGGACCGGCUCCUCCUGGGUUCAACUUCAACCGUCACUUUAACCUAAACUAUAUUCUGGACCAGGAUUUAAAAAACCAAUCCAUUAUCCGCAGUGCUGAGCUCCGAGUUAUCCGGCGUUUUUCUAGAAGUCCUUUCUCCAUUAAGAAUGGAUUCGGAUGAUCUGAUAGAAGAACUGAACUGCUCCAUCUGUCUCGAUGUUUAUGACGAUCCCGUGACCCUUCGAUGUGGGCACAGCUUCUGCCGGACCUGUAUCGAUCAUGUGCUGGACAAACAGGAGGUGUCCGGAAACUAUUCCUGUCCGGACUGCAGGGAAAAGAUUCCGGAUCGUUCUGCUGUGUACAGAAACAUCGCUCUCAAUAACAUAGCCGAACGUUUUCUAUCCGCUCUCCAAGGUCAGGAGGAAGCCGGGAUCUUGUGCACUUAUUGUGACUUUCCUGCUCUCGCGGUGAAGACCUGUCUGCUGUGCGAAGCUUCUCUAUGUGAAAAGCACCUAGAAAGGCACCGCAGGUCCGUGGAACACGUGCUAGUCGAUCCCACAGAGUCCCUGGAGGACAGAAAAUGCCCCAACCACAAAGAGGUCCUCAAGUACUACUGCCCUGAGGACUCGGCCUGUAUCUGUGUCACCUGCUGCUUGGUUGGAGAACACAAAGGACACCAGGUGGAACCCAUGAGUGACGCAUCUGAGAAGAAAAAGAAGAAACUGAGGACCGUUCUAGAGAAACUGACCUCAAAGAGAGAGCGAGCCGAGAAAAAAGUCCAAACCCUUCAGAGACGGGAGGAAAAUGUGCGGGAAAAACUGACCGGCGAAACCGAGAGGAUCGGCGCCCUUUUCAGAGACCUCCGAGAAGAGAUGGGUGACCUGGAGGAGAGGGUCUUGUCGGAGAUUAGUAGACGAGAAGAACGGAUCUCAUCGUCCAUCUCGGAGAAGAUCCAGCAGCUGGAAAUCGAGAAGGACCAGCUAUCCAAGAAGAUGUUGUACAUUGAAGAACUCUGCAAGACCGAAGAUUCCCUGGCGGUCCUAAAGGAACAAGAAUCGGAAACGAGCGACCUUCCCGAUCCCGAGGAAGAAGAACAUCAGGACACCGGGAACUUUCUCUGCCAUGUUGGUGAUCUGGAUCAUUUGAUCUCCUUCACUCUGCAUUCGGGUUUAGCCGACAUCGUAUCGCUCGUGAAGAAGGAGAUCCGCGUAGAAGAAGCUGCGGACAUUUUGCUGGAUGUCAACACCGUUUCCAAUUUUCUCCAAAUCGAAGAGAACCUGAAAACGGCGUUUUACGCGAAAAGCGAACAUCCGGAUUCUCCGGAGAGGUUUGAGGACUGUCAGGUUCUGGGCACAAAGAGCUUUUCAUCGGGGCAGAAUUUCUGGGAGGUGGAGACCAGCAAGACGGGGAACUGGAGGAUUGGGGUGGCCUAUGGCGGGAUCGAGAGGAAAGGGGAGCGCUCCUACAUCGGGAGCAAUAACAAGUCCUGGUGUUUGUGCAAAACGAUUAAUAAUAAGAAAUACUCCGUGAUGCACAAGGGCAAAACCAUCCAGUUACCUGACAACAUUUCUUCCCAGAGGAUAGUGAUCUGUCUGGAUUAUAAGGCCGGGUCCUUGUCCUUUUAUGAGCUCGGGGACACCGUCCGACCCUUAUACACCUUCACCACCACCUUCACCGAGCCCCUCUACCCUGCAUUCUACAUCUGGGACCGGUGGGUAAGAAUCAGAAGUUAGGUGCGCUCUGAUGAUCUCACUUUCCAUUGGUUGUCAGAUUAUGGGUUUCACGUGCAGAGAACUAAAACGCAAUGGGUAACAAAAUACAGUGCAACCUUGGAUUACGAGGAUAAUCCGUUCCAGGAGAAUGCUUGUGAUCCAAAGCACUCGCAUAUCAAAGCGAGUUUCCCCUUUGAAGUGAAUGGAAUCUAAAAUAAUCCAUUCCGCAUUGACUUCAAGAGGAUGCAAUACCUCAUGUGGCCAGAGGUGGGGGGGCGUCAG